CAAUGAUGAGAGUAAGCACAGGGAUGAACCAGGCUCUCGUCAGCAGCAAUCACCUGGCCACAAUGCAAGCUCUGGCUGCCAGUGGUGGGCAGCUGCCCAUUUCCAGUCUUGAGGCCGGAGGUCAGAUGAUCCUGGGCGGGGCGGGAGUUCGCCCCUCCCUAUUCCUCAACCGCCACACCCUCCUGCCUAUGGCGUCCCACCAAGUCGGCGUGGGUUUGGUCGGCGGUCCCAGGGGAGCAUCUCCACCCCCCGGCGCCAGUGGGAUGGACGUCGACUCCUGCUCCGCCUCUCCCUGCUCCAGCCCCGCCUCCUUCGGCUCGUUCAGCGAAGCCUCACCGCCGCCGCUUGACGGGGCCAUGGCCGAGUGACGACGACACAACCCAAAGGAUCCUAUCAGAAGGAGGAGGAGGAGUUUUAGUGGAGCUUUACAGAAACACCUCACCUUUCAACCAAAGCCAUCUCUCUCUCCCUCCAUUUGUCGUCUCCGCUCUCUCUCCCGGAGUCUUUCAAAGCCAAAAAAAAUACACAGAUUGAAAGAGGAAGAAGAGAGCGAGGAAGAAUGGAGAGGAGGAGAGAACAGGAGAACGGUGGAGAUUUAAACCAAAAAAUAUAUAUCUAUACAGUUGGAGAGGUGGCAUUGUGGAACACAGUGAAUGCUAAUGUACAUUUACUCCUUUCUCUGGAAAAGAAGAAAUGAGCUGAAAAACCUGAUGAAAAAGAGGGCAGGGAUGACAACUGAACUAAGACUGAGAGAGAGAUGGGUGGCAAGGACAGGAAAAGAAGGAAAGAAAAGACUUUCAACAAGCUUCAGCAGAUGGAUGGAAAGAAAAUCACGUUUUUAAAAAACCUACAGGGGAAAAACACACAAAGACAAAAAUGACAAACAUUCCACAAUCUCCAAAACCGAAAUACCAAAAACUGAAACCAAAAAAACGGAGAGAAAAGCUUUACUUAAAAGACUUAUGAUUCUGAUCUGUCCAGGAUCAGCACAUCAACCACACUUAACAAGGCCAAAAACAUGUAUCAUUUCAUCAUAAUAUAUAAUUUUAAAGUUUUGUUUUCAACACUUUUACAACGCAUAUUUUUAGUAUUUUAUAUGAUUUGAGCUUUGGGUUAUGUCAUAGCAAAUGAUUUGAUAUAGAUAUCUUAGUAGUGUCAGUCCUCCCACAUAUCUCUACCUACCUCUCUAGUGGCUCUACAGUUUUAACCUAGUUACAGUAUUAAACUGUGUUGUGGAUUUAGCAGUCACCUCAGACUAAUAACAAUUAGUAACUUUCCAACUUAUUUUGUGGUUUAUUUUCUUAUUUCUGAUUUUUCUAAUGAUCAUCGUAAUUAUAAUCAUCAUCAUUAGGGUUAUUAUCUUCAAUAUUUGUUUAAUAUGAUGAGAUAUUUUUCUUUUUCUAGGCAGGUCAGUUAAGAACAUCUUAUUUACAAUGACGGCCUACCCCGACCAAACCCGGAUGACGCUUGGCCAAUUGUGCGCCGCCCUAUGGGACUCCCAAUCACGGCCGGUUGUGAUACAGCCUGGAUAUUAUUGCCUCCUUUGUUUCAUAACUUAUUUUAUACAGUGGAUUCAAAUUAUUGACACCCUUGAUAAAGAUGAGCAAUAAUGACUCUGUAAAAUUAAUUACUAAAAUACUGGGCUAUAUUGUAUGCAAAAUAAAAUGGGAAGAUAUGUUAUACAAAUAAUUGCUCAGAGAAAGAGAUUCUGUUUAACAAGCAAUACAAAAAAAUACAAAUAAAGAUAGGGGUCAAAAUUAUUGGCACCCCUGUUU